AUGGAGGGGACGCGGCGGCGCCUCGUAGCCGAGGUUCGCAGCUGCGGCGUCUCCGAUCAGAUCCACAAGCAGCUGAAGGUAGAGUCUGUGUCCGGCGGAGAGCGAGCGGGAAGCGGGCAGCGCCGGAGGAGCGCGGCGGGGGCGCAGGGCGCCGCCCUGCGAGCAGCGCCGGAACAGCGGCGGCCCGGGAGCACAGGCGCGACAGGAGCGGGGCGGCGGCGGGUCGGAGCGGCCGGUGGCAAACUUGCUGCCUCCCCGGGGGGCCGAGGCAGAGCGACAGGCGCCGGGCUGGGGACGCAGCGCCAGGCAGGGGCGCGAGGGCCGCACGCGUCCGAGACGCCGCGGGACGAGGUGCGGGAGCUGCGGUGUAUCGACCUCCGAGGGCCCCGGGCCCAGCCCGCACGCUGCGCCGCCCUACGCAGAAGGGCAGCCCCUCCACCCUCCCAGCUCCGGCCCGCAGGAGUUAUAGCCUGGCCAGCUUCGACGGGCAAAGGGCGCCUCCUGACAAGGGAACGGAUCACCUCCGUGCUCUUCGCACUUCUCUGCCACGCAGGCUGCAGGGAUGAAUCUGGGAGGGUGGAGGGGCUGCCCUUCUGCGUAGGGCGGCGCAGCGUGCGGGCUGGGCCCGGGGCCCUCGGAGGUCGAUACACCGCAGCUCCCGCACCUCGUCCCGCGGCGUCUCGGACGCGUGCGGCCCUCGCGCCCCUGCCUGGCGCUGCGUCCCCAGCCCGGCGCCUGUCGCUCUGCCUCGGCCCCCCGGGGAGGCAGCAAGUUUGCCACCGGCCGCUCCGACCCGCCGCCGCCCCGCUCCUGUCGCGCCUGUGCUCCUGGCGCAAGGAGCAAGGCACCCAGGGAGUGGCGAGGGAGUGCGGGAGGCUGGGCCCCAAGGGGCGCCCCAUCCCCACCCCCAUCGGCCAGCUUGCCCGGGCCGCCGCUGUUCCGGCGCUGCUCGCAGGGCGGCGCCCUGCGCCCCCGCCGCGCUCCUCCGGCGCUGCCCGCUUCCCGCUCGCUCUCCGCCGGACACAGACUCUACCUUCAGCUGCUUGUGGAUCUGAUCGGAGACGCCGCAGCUGCUGCGGAAGAAGAAAAGACAAACAGCAGCCCGGCAGCAGGCGGAGCAGCCCGGCCCCUUCCCAUCUUGGAGUGCGGAGCAGACUAGGUAUUACCGGCAUCUUCUUUAAUCGCUGAAGUGGUGGAGCCCAGAUCCCACGUGUCCUUGGAGGACCAGAGACAGGAACGGUGGCGUCUGAUUCAGAGGAGCCCUACUCCAAAAGAAACCGAAACCACAAUUUGGCUCAUUUCAUAUUUAUAUUGACUUAAAAUAAUUCUCCGGACUGGAUUUCUUACAAAGCCCUUCAGAAG